AUGGCGAAAAAGUAUGAUAUCCAGCGACUUCCAGGACUCAAGGCACUGCGACACAUGGCCAAGUAUCCCCAUUCGACGGUGAUCGGACUUCUGGUGGGCAGCAUCGAAGGGGACAGCGUGUCGAUUGUGGACGCGAUUCCGUUGGUUCACCACUGGCUUGAUCUGUCUCCGAUGCUUGAAGCUGGCUUGGCAUUGGCAAAAAUCCAUGUCGAAUCGAAGAACUUGAAGCUCCUCGGAACCUACGUUGCUCACUCGAGAACCGAUCUCAAAUCUUUGGAUAUCGUCUCUCAGAAGCUCAAUGAAUCUCUCCAAUCCGAAUCCUCGAUCGCUCUCAUCAUCGACAGCCAAAAGUUGAACACGACUGAGAACCCCUUCAUUCCGUAUACACGCUCAAAAGAUAAUGAAUGGUCAACGCUGGAUGAUAACUGUUUUCAAGCGAAUAUUCCCAAGGAUUGGCUAGAUUGUGAAGGGUCUAUUGGUGAUUUUGAUGACCAUCUUGAAGACCUUGGGGUCGAUUGGCUAGUCAAUCCGACCAUCUUAUGCCCCGCUUAG